AGAACCUCCCGUAAUUUAAGCACAGAACUAAACCCGGAUGGAACCAACGCCUAGCGUAUGAACCCAGGAAGAGAAGUUACACACAAGUCUUUCCUCUGGAAGACGAGCUGCAGACACACCGAGGAUCCUUGCUCUUGAACUGGUCUUCCUUGAUUCUGAAACCGAAGAGAAAACUGCACUUUCAAAGCAAACUAAACUGACAUUUUGCUGAAAGAGUUUCUUUUUAUGACGUAAUCCUCAUUGAGUUUGCAGAUUUCUAGGCAAUAUUCUAACUGGUUGUAACUGACGUAGAUGCACAGCGUAUUUAUACCGACUGACUGACGAAUGUUAUCUGACACGACUUGACUUUUCUACUGUAACAGGUACAAGCUCAUAGCUCAAUCAACUGACAGCAGGUACUGAUUUUUAUAAAUGCACAGUCGGAGUACAGACAGCUUUUAAAGUUGUGUGUGUAUCGUACUACGUCCCUUUAGAUAGAGUUCCAAAGAGAUUAUUAUCUGGAGCGUGACUGCCCACCUGUCUCGAGAUGCAGACGAUAAAGUGUGUUGUAGUGGGGGACGGAGCAGUGGGUAAAACCUGCCUCCUCAUAUCCUACACCACAAACAAGUUCCCCUCGGAGUACGUGCCAACAGUUUUUGAUAACUACGCGGUGACGGUGAUGAUUGGGGGAGAGCCCUACACUCUGGGGCUGUUCGACACCGCGGGUCAGGAGGAUUAUGACCGUCUGCGUCCGCUCAGCUACCCUCAGACUGACGUCUUCCUGGUCUGCUUCUCUGUCGUCUCACCCUCCUCCUUCGAGAACGUACGAGAGAAGUGGAUUCCUGAGAUCUCUCAUCACUGCCCCCGCACCCCCUUCCUGCUGGUGGGCACGCAGGUUGACCUUCGCGACGACCCCAACACUGUGGAGAAGCUGGCGAAGAACAAGCAGAGACCCCUUGCACCCGAGACCGCUGAGAAGCUAGCGCGGGACCUGAGGGCUGUCAAAUAUGUGGAGUGCUCUGCCCUCACACAGCGCGGUUUGAAGAACGUUUUCGACGAGGCAAUUCUUGCAGCGCUGGAGCCUCCCGAGAUCAAACAGAAAAGAAAGUGCAACCUGUUGUGAGUGAGAGGGGGAGUGGGGCAAAACACGGAAAUAAACUCUUAUACAGGGUCUUGAUCGGGAGCCAACGCAAAGGCAUACAAACACUUCCUGAAAGGAUUUUUCUUUUUUUUUUUUUUUUUAUAAAUAUAGCGUUGAAAACUGAGUCCCUGUAACCACCAUACUGGUUCCAAUUUUUUUACAGCUGACAUACAAGUAAGCCCCUCAGCGGGGUCAGACUGGCUCGAGUUUCCUCAACCCUGUAUACAGAAGGGUCAGUUCAUGAAAAUGUAACUUCUCUUGCUUUGGGUAAGAACAGACCCAUCAGAAAAAUGAGCUUUCUGAUAUCUGCUUAUCAGUGCAACAAACUAGUUACCUUCAUGGACUGGCCCAAUCUCUGUUUAGGGAGGGAAACUGUGUCCUAGUGUCUGAAUCUUGGAUCCUUCUUGUCUAUAGAAUACAACCAGGUUAGUGUCUGAAUCUUGGAUCCUUCUUGUCUAUAGAAUACAGACCAGGUUAGUGUCUGAAUCUUGGAUCCUUCUUGUCUAUAGAAUACAGACCAGGUCCACGAUGGAGUCGAAAUGGAGCCAGUUUCCUAACCACCUGCAGUCUUAGUUGCUUCCUGGUAUUUUUUUGUUUUGUUUUGUUUUUAUUAUUGUUCCUGUAUUAUUGCCUUCCUUUAUGUUGUGCUUCUGAAUAGGGUCCAUAGCUAUAACAAAAAAAUAAAUAGAAAAAACAGUAACUAAUCCUGGAGAAGCAGAGGUGGACAAAUGCAUCAUAAAGUAGUUCACAAAUGAAAGGUGUGCUACCAAGGCUAAUUCUAACCCCUUACCUUUCACACUGACCAGCAGUAUUGGCAGUGGCCUCUACAGUUUCCAGUGCUAAUAGAUGUGGAUUUUAAACAAGCCUUGUUUAUAUUUUAUUUAUAGAGAGUAACAGGUUGUUAUGCUUUUCUGCCUUAGCUAUAAAAGGCUGAAGAUGUUAUUCUAAUCUCCGCUAUACUGCUGCAGGUAGGAAUGCUAUCCUGUUCUGUACUGUUGGGUUCACAGAGUGACUCGCAUGUCAUGGCUUGUGGCCUCAAGGGGGAGGAAGUUUGUCUCCCUAAAAGUUUGUUUCCUUUUUUCUGCACAUGUUUGGGUUAACUCUGGAAGAUGUAGUAAACUGACAGGCCAGGAAGAAAUUGUAUUGCAGAGUCCUCAGACCCCAAUGUUAAAGCCAGGCUGUAAGGAUGGAGUUGCACAGGAAGCAGCACAUCAGUGUCUUCACUGAAGAGGUUCAUUGCCAGCUGUCAAUCAAUUGAAAUAUUUAAAGUAUUCAAAAAAAAAAUUUAAAUAAUAAUUAUAAGCCAGUAGUGGGCUUUAUCCAUUU